AUGUCUGUCGCCAAACGUGUAGCCGAAGAGUACGGUUGCCGUUUAGGGCAAGAAAUCGGGUAUACCAUCCGAUUCGAAGACUGCACGAGUCCUGAGACUCGAAUCAAGUACAUGACGGACGGUAUGCUUCUGAAGGAGUGUCUCGUCGAUCCCGAUAUGAAACAAUACGCCGUCAUUAUGUUAGACGAAGCGCACGAGCGGACCAUUAGUACCGACGUUUUGUUUGGUCUCCUGAAGAAUACAGUGAAGAGGAGACCAGAAAUGAAGCUAAUCGUGACGUCUGCCACUCUCGAUGCCGUCAAGUUCUCGCAGUAUUUCUUCGAAGCGCCCAUUUUUACGAUCCCCGGCCGCACUUUCCCCGUAGAGAUCAUGUACACCAAAGAACCCGAAACUGAUUAUUUGGACGCUUCACUCAUUACUGUUAUGCAAAUCCAUUUGACUGAACCGCCCGGAGAUAUACUCCUCUUCCUGACGGGUCAGGAGGAGAUCGACACGGCCUGUUCCCGAAUUGNCGAAACUGAUUAUUUGGACGCUUCACUCAUUACUGUUAUGCAAAUCCAUUUGACUGAACCGCCCGGAGAUAUACUCCUCUUCCUGACGGGUCAGGAGGAGAUCGACACGGCCUGUGAGAUACUGUACGAGAGAAUGAAGUGUUUGGGUCCAGAGGUUCCCGAAUUGGUUAUUCUUCCGGUGUAUUCAGCCCUUCCCAGCGAAAUGCAGACCCGGAUCUUCGAGCCCACUCCUCCCGGCUCUCGAAAAGUGGUAAUCGCGACCAAUAUCGCAGAGACUUCGCUCACAAUCGAUGGCAUCUAUUAUGUGGUCGAUCCGGGAUUUGUUAAGCAAAACGUCUAUAACUCUAAGACGGGAAUGGACUCACUUAUAGUGACGCCUAUAUCUCAGGCACAGGCGAAGCAACGAGCUGGUCGUGCGGGUCGUACUGGUCCGGGAAAGUGCUAUCGAUUAUAUACAGAGCGCGCCUAUAGGGACGAGAUGUUGACGACACCCGUCCCAGAGAUCCAGAGAACAAAUUUAGCCGAAACUGUGCUUCAAUUGAAAGCCAUGGGAAUCAACGACUUGCUGUCGUUUGACUUCAUGGACGCACCGCCCACUGAGACCCUGAUCAUGGCGUUGGAACAGUUGCACUCUCUGAGCGCACUCGAUGACGAGGGACUGCUCACCCGAUUGGGGCGACGAAUGGCUGAGUUCCCACUGGAGCCGAGACUCUGCAAAAUGUUGAUAAUGUCUGUGAAUCUGGGCUGCAGUGACGAGAUCCUGAUGAGUCAAGUGAUCGCCUUCUAG